ACGAUCAAUGAGAUUGAUUUGUAUUUCAGGUAGGGGGCAAUGGAGUGGGAUGAGGAGGAUACGAUAACUCAUCAAGAGUCGAACUUGACAUUUGGAAGAGAAGAGGGGGAGAGGGCAGGAGACGUCACUAGCCAGUUUCCAACAUGGCUCUUUCCAGACACUGGCAAGUGUCAGACGACCGGUACAUUGAACGGGGCGUACUUCGUCGAUACAGAAACAACAGGUCUACAGGUCAACUUCCAAUUGAACGACGGGUGGUGUCCAACUUUGAAGGCAUCUCGCACAGGAGAGGUGACACCUCCAAGCCGCGCAUGGGAGAAGCCGAUCCCAAGAGGACGAAUAGAGCGGGAAGUAGAGAGAAUGGUCCGGUAUCAUGAAGCAAACGCAUACGAUGCUUUUAUUCCUCGUGAUUUAAUGCGAAGCCUGGUUAUGGAAAGUCUAAAAACGGAACGGGAGGAGUAUGUGUACGAUCCGUUUGGUGGAAACAUUCUGAAUGUGUAUACACCGUAUUCGGAUCAUGCCGUAUUGGCGUAUCCUGGCGGAAACGUGCUGAAUGAAGUUCGUUUCGCACAAUUGAAUGGAGGAGGAUCGGAUGAUGUAGUGACACCAGUGGACCGGGCCAAGCUAGCAUUUGCAAAUCCCAUCUUGCAACUGACAUCUUCCAAGACCGCUCCUUCUCUUUCUACAUCAAGUAAGGACUGCUUGCUGUUCGCGAUCAUGGUUCAGUCGCGAUCGUGGCGACCAGUGCGGCGUCGGAGUUAUCUGUCGAUGAAACCUCAAAUGCGGGGCUAGCGGACUGGCCACCGCAUGAUGACUUUCCGAUGCCUCAUCUCAUUGAUGUCGUCACAUUCAACCAACGGCCGCUACAUAUGACAUUCAGCCCUGUUCUUGCAAAUGAGGCAGCCAUAGUUUUCGAUGGCGGAGAGUUAUAUUUGUGGGAUGGCUAUCAGCCAACAAGUAGCAGAUCAACGCUCCUUGCAACAUAUGACGAUAAUGCCUCGUCGUAUCCCCUGCGAUGGAAGAGCUGCGAGUUUGGUGCCCAUCCCCGUACACUCAUGGUAGCUCACGCGAAUCGUUUAGAGACAAUUGACUUUCGGUCGCGCGGAAUUAUGCCGACACCCAUAUUUAAGGUGGACAGUAACGAACGGAUAUGGGCAUUUAAUCGUGAGCAUGAUGAGCCUUUCCAGUCAGUGCUGUGCACUUCUGAAAGAACUGUGUUGUUGGAUAUCCGCUUUCCACGUCGUCCGUUAUUGCAAUGGAAAUUUCAAAAUAAUCGGGAUCCUCCUAUCGGGAUUGAGUUCCUCCCAGCAGACCGCAGAUAUCAUCAGCAUGAUUGGACGUUCGUGACCUGGACUCGUCUUCGUGGGGAAAUUAUGGCUUUUAACCAUAGAUCCUUGCACACGAGCCAGACUAUCAAGUCGUCCUUUUACGAGCAUUUCUCACCAUCGAUUACGCUACCACCUUCCUCAUUUGCACGGCCGACGUUACUAAACCGGUUCCGUCCGCAUGGAUAUGAAUCGUCCCAGGACAAGUACUCCAAAGUCGCUUACGGUACAUGGGGUCAUCAGCAGGCACUUAUAGAGAAUGAAGAAAUCCCCGGAUGGCCACCGCUACGUGGCCUCACGUUAUUCACACCGGAUCAGCGCGCUCAUAUUGAUGUCUUGAAGAUUGAAGACGACGGUAGAGUUUCUUUUGAACGGUACGGGCAUGCCUCCACUACCACCGAAGCAGAGAGCAGGUCUCCCCCUUUUCAGUUGAAUUUGGAGGAAAAUAGUAAUCCUGACACCGACUCUGCGAUGUGUCAGUCUGAUGGCACCGAAUUAACACAGUCGGAAGUGCGUCGACAGAAUUUGCCCGGUCUCUACAAGGAUCACGAAAGGGUGGACUGGACGAUGUUGACCAAAGCUAUUGAGUUGUGCUUAUUGAGUAAGGCGACUACGGAUAUAGAUAUCGACCGUUUGUGCGCAAUCAAGGAACCGUGGCAGUGGGCUAUGAGAUCUCGCAAGGAGACUCGACAAGCCACGUUAUGGGAGUUGGUUACAACUGAAGGAGAAGCUGUUACGUACGGAGAAGACGACAAACCAAACCUGCCUGAUCUUUACGCUUUUGAUCGAUUAAAGCGCGAAGAAUCGAAUAAUCCACCAUUGGGGAACGAUGAACCCGCGAUAUCAAGAAUUUCCUACGCGGAGCUUUUGCUUGACCAGGGAGAAGGCGAUCAUGAUGUUUUACGAAAACAAAUGGAACAAUUAUUUCCUAUUGAUAUGCGCGAGGACAACAAUACGUCAACUGCGAGUACCACAGUUGCUGAUGGAACCGAGAUUGCCCGAGAGUUAUUAGUGAGGGACGCGUAUCUUGCAAGCCGGUUGAUAUUGCAACCUCAUGGAAAGCCUGGAGCAACAGACCAUAGUAUGGAAGGCGUACAUGAGCCAGGCAUAGUCAAUUCAGAAUUGUCUGAUACGGAGGAUAAGUUUCGGUCUAGCGAUCACGUCAAGGCCGGUGUCCUUUACACCCCGUACUCCGAUCACCCUGCUCGUUUAUCUGCAGCUGCCAUGGAACUGCGAAAGAGAUGGACAGAUCCCGAUAAAUAUUAUGGGCUGGAAUCUACCGUAGACUAUUCACAAGAGGCUGGUGUAAAGCGGAGAGACAAAGCCGGCGCUCUCGAAAGGCUAGCUGAGCGGAGACAUGGCCGUAGCCUUGGAGCAGGGGAAACAUCUGUACCGAGCGUCUUCAGCAGCAGUCAAAUGAGUAGCUACAGUGGCGGAGCUGAUGACGCGGAUUGGUGGGCCAGCAGCAUACCUAGCCAAACUUGGUCUCAACCACAGGUACAUACUGGGUGGUCGUUGCUCUCACAAGGUACCACUGGAUUGGCACCCUCAAGUCAGCCAGUAGGACAAACGUUCGGAUCAAGCCCUGCUAGCGCAAAGAAGAAGAAACCGCGACGAAAGGGAUUUUAAAUAGUUACUAACCUAGAUAAUGUAUAUAUUCUUGAUGACAUGCAUACAAGCUAAUAGUCUUAUCUAGUGGUUCCCACUUGUAUGAUAUCCCAUUAAUCUCACGAUAUUGCGUUCUUUUGAUACCCCACUUUCAUUCGAAGAAGAGCGACAUGGACAAUCCGCGUCUGGCUUCGAAGAACUUGUUGAUGGUGCUUACGACCAAAACAAACCUGAUAAUGGACAUUAGAUCUUUCAGUUCUGACGUCGGCUUCAAGAUGACCAUUUAUGUGGCGGGUUAUAGCUCAGCAGGAGGUGAAAGAUUGCAAGUGUCAUGUCAGAUGGUUUUCUUUCUAUCUCGGACCCGUUAGGAGUGAAAAUGGACGAUAGCAUUCUGCCAUUGCCGAAAAAUUGGGUUCGUGGAAAGCACCGCAUUAUUACACAGCGCUCACUGUCAUGAUGAGCAUUGGAGAUCGUAGGUGUUGAUAGAAUCAUCUGUGGAAUGAGAAUAGAUAACUCUUUACCUCUCUCUUAAUGCAUUGCUUGUUACCCGA